UCGUCCCCAGACACAUUAAUCGAGUUCCGAGUUAUCGCGCGCCGUCCAGACGCGAUCGGAGGAGCUCGGGGCAGAUCGAUGACCGUCAGGACCGGGCAAUUGGUCAGAGGGCGGACGAGAGCGGCUGUGGAGAAUCUAUGUUGCCAGUGAUCCAUGCCAUGUGAUGUCAGCAAAAGGCAGUAUUUCCGUGUGGGCCUCCAAAAGUCUUAACGCAGAUCAUCUAUUCCUAAGAUAAUGGAUGCAAGUGCUGAUUCGGCCAAUGACCAACUGACGCAGUACGCUAUCCAGCUGAGUAUUCAAGAGAGUAUUGAGGCUGUUAAUAAUACACCACCUCAGUAUAAUGAAAGGUUUUUAUUACCCAGCCAAGAAAACAGACAAAUAGUGGAAUCAAUCAGGCAAGGAGAAGUCUUCACUCUACAGCAGUUAAUUAAACAUAAAUUUGCUUUUGAUGAAGCAGAUGAAAGGGGAUGGUUUCCACUGCAUGAAGCUGCUGUUCAACCCAUUCAACAAGUGCUUGAGAUUGUUCUGGACUCAUCCUAUAACACAAUUUGGCAACAGAGGACAGAAGAUGGGGAGACUCCACUGACAUUGGCUGCUACAGCUGGGAUAUUGGGUAAUGUGCAGACUCUUUUGGAGAAACGGAUCUGUCCCAAUGUCGCUAACAACAGGGGAGAAACACCAUUGUUGAUUGCUGUGAAGAAGAAUUCACUUGAGAUGGCGUCUGUGCUGCUACAACAUGGGGCACUUAUAAAUCGGCCCUGUGUGAGAAGAUGGACAGCAAUGCAUGAAGCAGCCAAACAGGGGCAUGAUGACAUGAUGGCUCUACUGCUGAGGAACAAUGGAAGUGUUAAUCAGAAGGAUGGAUACGGAGUAACUCCUGUUGCCACUGCUGCUGCAUUUGGACACUGCAGUGUGCUGGAGCAUCUAAUUCAUAAAGGAGGUGAUAUUCAUGUUCAAGCAGACGAUGGAGCCUCGGUGUUGUUUGAAGCAGCUGAAGGUGGAAAUCCAGAUUGUAUCACCGUCCUGCUAGAGUAUGGGGCCAAUCCCAAUGAAGCAGAUAACUCGGGCCAUCUUCCAAUCCAUAGAGCAGCACAAAAGGGGCAUUACUUGGCUUUGAAGCUUCUUAUUUUCGUUACUAGGAAAUCUGCAAUAAGGAGAAGUGGGAUAAGUCCAAUUCAUUCAGCUGCUGACGGAGGCAACGCCCAGUGCCUCGAAUUAUUGAUUGAAAGUGGAUUUGAUGUUAAUGCGCUUUUAGAUGAAGAAAUAUCCGAAAGCUAUGACGACAAGCGGAGAACCGCCCUAUUUAUUGCCGUAUCAAAUAAUGAUGUUGCAUGUACUGAACUCCUGCUUAAAGGAGGUGCAUUACCAAACAGAGAUCCAUUAUCGAGCCUCCUUGUUGCAGUCAGAGCAGGGAAUCAUGAACUGGUGAAUUUGCUUCUACACCAUGGUGCCAAUGUGAACAGCUACUUCCUACUGAUUAAUGACACUCACUUUCCUACUGCUAUCCAGUAUGCUGUAAAUGAUGAAAUGAUGUUGAGACUUUUGCUCAAUAAUGGCUACAAUGUGCAGAUUUGUUUUGACUGCGUGCACUCUGACAACUUUGGAAGGUUUCUUCCCUGGCCUAUGAUUGAACCAAAGUCCUACAUCACCUCAUUUUGUGAGUUCAUCACUGUUUCCUGGUUAAGUCAUUUGGUUGGCAGGGUGGUGCGUGUGCUAAUAGACUACGUGGAUUAUGUUUCCUUCUGCGUGAAAUUAAAGCCUGUUCUUGAGAAGCAAAAGGAGUGGCCUGAAAUCCGUGAUAUCAUGGAAAACCCUCGUUGUUUGAAACAUUUGUGUCGACUAAAAAUACGCAAACAUGUGGGGCAAAGACGACUGCAAAACCGAGCAUGUUUAGCAUUACUUCCUCUGCCUCCAGUACUGGUGGAAUAUAUCCUAUAUAAGGAAUAUGACCUAUAUGGAAGAGGACUUGACUUGCAAUAUUAGAAAUGCAAACUGCAAUCAUUAGUGUGUUGGUGUCAGUAUUGUACAGUGCCAAGGAUUGUACUUUUUGACUUUAAGAAAGCAUUUGGCAUGAUACAAAUGGUUUACCAACUGCAAUAACGAAUGUAUUUCAUUUUUCUGAAUAUGCCAGCACAGAGCAACAAAUGAUAUCCCCUCAGCUUUAAGUGUUGGAAGACUGCUGAUUGGACUGCUUUGCAAUUAAAAUAUUUGCAAUUCACAUAAGGCUGAAAAUACAGGGCUUUCUAAAUGCAAAAUUUGCCACACCUAAUUUUUUUUUAAACAGUGACUCAUGCAUGCCCUACAGCGAGACCUCCACUAGUAUUUUUCCAGUAUUAAAUGUUAAUGAGAUAUCAGAGCUAAACUUGAACCUACAUAAUAACUAUCAGACAGAAUUCUUUCAUUUGGUGAAAGCUUUUGCUGCAUGUUUUUUAUUCUGAUACCAUUUUCAAAGUUAUCUUUAUGUGUGACUGCUCAAAUACUAAAACUGACCUUUCCGUUCUAUCCUUCCAGUAUUUUUCAUACUUUUGCAGAAGGCAAUACCAUUGGUGCUGUAAUACACUCCUAUUGGUGGUUGUUGCCCUCUGAUAUAGUGUCGACUAUGUGAAUGCUGACAUUAGCUAGUGGCAGACUAUUUACCAAGGAUGUAGAGCACAUCUUCACCAGACAUCCACGGUAAACACUGUAUACUCCAAGAUAAUAAGCAAAACUGAAAGCGAAGAGAGUUAGCUUGCAUUCAUAUUCUAAAGAGCAAUAUGGAAUGUGAAAUAUAACUUGGGUCUCUCUGCAAGCUCCCAUAUGAAUCUAUUCUGGUAUUAGUGUGUGAUUGGUACCAGAAGUAGUAACUGCUCUCCGAGAGUACCUCAUUGUUGUAAGGCAUUUUGGGAAUACCCUGUGGUAAUGAAAGGCACUACUAUCUAUAAAUAGUGCAUUUUUUGGCUGUACUGGCAGCAAGGCCUGAAUGAUAUUCAGUUACUGAUAUUAGUGAGCCAGUUUAUAUUAAAUGAUCCAUAUUUAAAUGCCAGUUCCCUCGGCUUGAUAUAGAAAAACAAGAUGCACCUAUCCAUGCUGGUUAGAGGGUUGAUAUUUGACAGAUACCCUUCCAGCCAAGAAUAGACAAGCCUCACCCAUGGAUGGAUAAACAUUCAAACUGGUGCAGAAGCCAAAUGCUCAGCCAAUGUGGUCACUGGGAUGCUGUACUGAAACUAUAUCUUGUGGUUCAUUUGUUCAACAGGUCUCCUAAUAGCAAUAUACUCCCAACAAAUCACUCCUCACUUUGCCAUUUGUGUCAUACUGAGAAUACUUUUAGUCUACAGGAACUAUUAAUCUUCACGUACCAUACAUCCACAAACUUUUGUGAACAUUUAGAAAAGUAAAAUUUGUCUUUCUAAGAACUGGUUCUCAUUUAAAGAGUGUUUGUUUUCUUAAAUGUUAUGUUAUGCGAAGAAUGCUGUUACAAUCUUGCUUCAUAAUGCUGUGUAAGUACAGCUUACUGAUUGUGGU